CUGCAGAGGGACGCAGCCUCGGGUGCAGUCGUCACUCGCGUCUGACUAGCAGCUCCCCGCUGUCCUGCGCACGGCGGGCUGGCAUCGGGCCCGGGGAAAGCAGAGCAGGUCCCAGGUGCUGAGUGUUGCGGCGGCGGCGGCGAGAAUCCAGAGGAGGAGGAGACGACAAGGAUAGGCCCAGGUAAACGAAGAAAUGGAGCCACCCAUGCAGAAUGGAGAAGAUCGCCCUUUGGGAGGAGGUGAAGGCCACCAGCCUGCAGGAAAUAACCGACGGGGACAGGCUCGCCGACUUGCCCCUAAUUUUCGAUGGGCCGUACCCAAUAGGCAGGGCAAUGAUGGGAUGGGUGGAGAUGGAGAUGAUAUGGAAAUGUUCAUGGAGGAGAUAAGAGAAAUCCGGAGAAAACUAAGGGAGUUGCAGCUGAGGAAUUGUCUGCGUAUCCUUAUGGGGGAACUCUCCAAUCACCAUGACCAUCAUGAUGAAUUUUGCCUUAUGCCUUGACUUCUGCCAUUUUCCAUGAGAUUAAUACUGUGAUUUCCAAUGAUCUUUUCCUUGCAUUCUCUCUAUAUGCCUUUAUGGAUCCAUUUGCUGUGAACCUUAUGUUAUUUCCAUGUGUCAAGUGGGUCUUGUGUUUCCAGCUUGCAUCUGCACCCAGAUUUAAGUUUCUGUCAGCAGUCCAUUUGCAUGGAAAAAAUGUAAAGUUAAUAAAGUUAAUAAAGCAA